AUGGAGUCUUCGCGCGCCGCUUCGGGCCUCGACCGCAUCAGCGGUCUCUCCGAGGAUCUCCUCGUCACCAUCCUCGCCGGCCUGCACUCCACCGCAGCAGCCGCGCGGACCAGCGUCCUAUCCAGCCGAUGGCGCCGCGUCUGGACAAAGGUCCCGGAUUUCAUCUUCCUCGACGACGACGACUCCCCAGAUUCCGUCGACGCCGCCAUCACCGCGUACGCCGCGCCCGCGAUGGAAAGGUUCGCUGUCGGCCUCGACGAUAUGUCGCGCCCCGUCACCGCCGCCCGCGCCGCCGCGUGGCUGCGGUUCGCCGUGUCGCGCUCGCCGAGAGAGGUCCACGUCUGUCUGCCCUGCAAGGAACCACCGCCGCUGCCUGAGGACGACGUGGAGGAGGAGCUCGAGGUGCCGAUCUUUGAAAGCACCCUAUGGUUCAGCGCAAAGUUCGUGUACGACUUCCGGCUCCGGCUACCCCCAGCUGGCGCCGGUGUGUUCGCGGAGCUGCGCAUCCUAAGCAUAAAACUAGGCCGAGUGAGCGGCGGCGACCUCUGCCGCGUCGUGUCCUUGCAGUGCCCGUGCCUCUGUGUGCUCUCGCUGGCCAUGCUGGACGUCGACGGCGACAUCUCCGUCAGCUCCGACACGCUCGAGAGGCUCGCGCUGCGUGUUGUCGGCGUCAAAAACAGGCUCGACGUCGUUGCUCCGAGACUGGAGUGGCUGCAGGUGCACGGAUGCAAUUAUAAGGAGGUGCGCAUCGCCGCUCCUAUCGUGUCUGAGGUAGAAUGGGACGACGGUUACGACCCGGCGCGGCACCACAUCACGGAGACUGGCCGCCGUCUCCGGCGGCUGGUGGUGACGCAGUGGACUCCGAUGCCGCCACUGCUGGAGCGGUUCGAUGCUGCGGAUGAACUGAGCCUCUACCUCGUCAUUCCACCGUUCCCAGAUGAAUACCGUAUAUUCCUGGAGAAUACAAGUAAGCUUCCCAAGAGCAAAGCUCUAACAGUGGGGCUAAAAGUACUUGCACAUUCUAUUGAGUCCAGCUUGCUGCAUCUCCUCAGGAAAUGUGAUGGCAUUACCAAGUUGGAGAUUGAGUUGAUCCACCAUGAUGCACCAAAAGUGUCACUGUGCAAACUAUUUCGUUGCCCUUGUGUUCAACAAGAGAUGCUGAGGACCGACAACGUCGCCCUCGAUUUGCUUGAGGAGGUAGAAUUCCAUUUCUUCACAGGAUCCGACGAAGAAGUAGACUUCGUGAAGCUGCUAUUCAGGUGCAAGAAGACACUUAAAAAGAUGGUAAUCAAUGUGGCUGACGAUGUCCCUUUAAGUGAGGAAGUAUACAAGAAAAUACAGAUGUUCUCACCCCCAAGCACCACACUUGAGAUGGGUGGUCCUUCGUCGCAUAAGAGGGAUGUCUGCCAGUGCAAAGAUCAUGAUUGGUAUUAG